AUCCCGCGCCCUGGCUUGCAAAGAUUGCGAAAACCAGUCGGUCCGUCCGUUGGGUGUGUGCGCUUCUCUCCAGCUCUAUAAAGGCCCGUUCCCCAAGCCUCCUCUCGGGAUUCUCUUGAACAGGCCAAUUGGUCUGUUAAGAACCUCAUACCGAUUUCCCUGGUUGUCAUUGAUCCCCGCUUGAGUCCCAACUUUCGAUACAGCGGUCGGUCCACUUGGGUCGAGGGCCAAGCUGCUGUUCACGAGGAGUCACCGUCUUUGACUCACCAACUGCCCGGCAGUCCGGUUUUCCUCUCCAGGUCAUUCGUUUGCAAAUAAUCCUACCUAAUUGAGGCCGGUAAACCAUGGCUCUCCGGCUCGCUACACGAACUGCACUCACUGGCAGCAUUAGGCGACUCUCGUCGCGAGCUGCAUCUACCGCCGCUGCGACUUCGAACCUCCCCUCGCAGGUCCAGGAGUCUGUCAAUCGCGAUGCUGCCCUCAGCAACCCCGACCCGUCGUGGGACUCCCCGAGCACUACCCUGACCACCCAGCACUUAAAACACAUGGUGGCUACAUAUGCCCGACCUUCUGUUGUAUUUGUCAAGGGAGAGGGGUCUUAUCUGUGGGAUUUGGAGAACCGCAAGUAUCUCGACUUCACGGCUGGCAUUGCUGUCAAUGGCCUUGGUCACUCCGACCCAGCGCUAGCCAGGCUCAUUGCCGAUCAGGCUUCGACGCUGAUGCAUACUUCAAACCUCUACUUCAACCCGUGGACCGGCGCACUGUCUGAGCUGUUGGUCGAGAAGACAUUGGAGUCGGGCGCCAUGCACGAUGCUUCGUCCGUCUUCGUUUGCAAUUCGGGCUCUGAAGCCAACGAGGCCGCUAUCAAAUUCUCCCGCAAGGUGGGCAAGAUCGUAGACCCUUCUGGUUCCAAAUUUGAGUUUGUCUCAUUUCAAGGUUCUUUCCAUGGCCGUACCAUGGGCAGUUUAUCUGCCACCCCUAAUCCUAAAUACCAGGAACCCUUUUCGCCCAUGGUUCCAGGCUUCAAGUAUGGCACAUAUAACGAUAUUGCGUCAAUCAAUGAGCUCGUCACCGACAAAACGUGUGGAGUCAUCGUCGAGCCUAUACAGGGCGAAGGAGGCGUCAAUGUCGCUUCUGAUGAGUUUCUUAUUGCGCUCGCGAAACGAUGCCGCGAGGUGGGCGCUGUUCUAACCUAUGACGAGAUACAAUGCGGUCUAUCCAGAACUGGAACUCUUUGGGCGCACAGUCAUUUACCAAAGGAGGCCCACCCAGACAUAAUAACAACUGCAAAAGCUCUUGGUAAUGGAUUCCCAAUUGGCGCCGUCAUCACCAACAGUCUCGUUAGCGACAAAAUCAAGGUUGGUGACCACGGAACAACCUAUGGAGGAAAUCCCAUGGCGUGCCGCAUAGCCCACCAUGUCUUAGAGCGACUGGCGAACCCUACCCUGCAGAAAGAAGUCGUCACCAAAGGAGCGCUCUUGAAAGAGGGCUUUGAAAAGCUUCGUGGCCAGUUCCCAGGUCUAAUCGGGGAGGUUCGGGGUCGUGGUCUGAUGCUCGGAGUUCAGUUGACCAAGGAUCCGUCUCCGAUUAUCAAAGCUGCUCGGGAGAGGGGGUUAUUGGUUAUCACAUGUGGCACAAACACCCUCAGAUUCGUCCCACCUUUGACUAUAAGCGAUGACGAAAUACAAACUGGGCUGGAUAUAUUGUCAGCUGCAAUCAAAGCAACCCAAUAAGCGGAACAGGCAGCCAUGGAAAUAGAUUACAAUGCUUACAUGAUAGAAGAGCACUGAAACGACCCUGUCUACAAUUUACAGCGUGGAACCAUCUACC